UGGUACUAUUAUAGCCAGACACAACCCUAUCGCGGUGUGACAUUUGUUCUACAGUUUCAAAGAUGGCGGCCUUGUCGCAGUUGCUUUUCUCUGCCAAACAAUACUAAGAAAAUUGAGAUAACCAACUAUUUUUACCAAUUUAUAAAGAAAAUUAGGCAUAUUUGACAAAUAAAAUUAAUUUAAUUUGUCUAGUCAUAUUGAUAAUGUGAUAAUAAGUGUACCGAUGGCUUCCAAUGUGCAAGACUUGCCUGUGCAGCAGACUUUUGUGGAGGAGAUUGAUUACAGUGAAAUAAGAGAAUUAGCGGUGGUGGGCAAAGGGGCGUUCGGUGUGGUAUGGAAGGGCUUGUGGCGAAAUACAUUUGUAGCGGUAAAGCACAUAAAUUCUGAGGCUGAAAAACGAGAAUUCAGUAUAGAAGUACGGCAGCUAUCCCGAGUGUGUCAUCCAAACAUCGUGAGACUGUAUGGGGCCUGCACUAAAGGCGCUCAUGUAUGUCUGGUUAUGGAGUACGCGGAGGGCGGGUCGCUGUACAAUGUUCUCCACAAUCGCCCCAAGCCCAAGUACACAGCAGCACAUGCCAUGAGUUGGGCUCGACAGUGUGCUGAGGGUGUAGCAUACCUUCAUGCGAUGAAACCAAAACCACUAAUACACAGGGAUUUAAAACCUCCUAAUCUACUACUAGUUGGUGGUGGACAGAGAUUGAAAAUAUGUGAUUUUGGUACAGCGGCAGACAAAGCCACAUACAUGACUAACAACAAAGGCAGUGCUGCAUGGAUGGCUCCAGAGGUUUUUGAAGGUUCAACAUAUACAGAAAAAUGUGAUGUAUUCUCAUGGGGUAUAAUAUUGUGGGAAGUACUUUCCAGAAGGAAACCUUUUGAGGAAUCCGGAUCUGCAUACAGGAUAAUGUGGGCUGUACACACAGGUCAAAGACCUAAUCUUAUUGAAGGGUGUCCAGAGCCAAUUGAACAAUUGAUGACACAAUGUUGGCACAAAAUACCCGCACAGAGACCCAGCAUGGCCAAGGUGGUAGAGAUAAUGGCAGCGCUUUGCGAUUUCUUCCCCGGCGCAGACACGCCCAUUAACUAUGACGACUGCGAGGACGAUAGCUCGGAGUGUUCGGAGGAUCAGUACAAGUACAGCACCCAGGGCAGCUACGAAACAGACACAGAGCAUGAAAUACUGUCCCAAGUACACUUCCCGACACAAUACGCAGACGAAACCGCCUCAAACCCGAUCCCGAGAAACACUGACGAAUCGUCGCAGUCACCAAAACCGCGAAGCUACGUCGAAACUCAAGUGAGUAAGCUGCAGAACAAAAUGGCCGCCGAGGCACACCCUAAAACUGCCGCCCUGCCCAAGGACGAGCCGGACGUACACAACAGGAUCGGGCCCGUUAGGAUCCCGCAUCAGUUCCAAAGACCCGAAAUGUUCUCGGAGGCGGGUCGCUCCGCUGCCGUCCGCCCGCCCGACCUCACGCACGGCAGCGCCUGUAGCGACGCAAGCGCCGGCAGCGGCACCGGCAGCGUGGCCGGCAGCGGCACCGGCAGCGGCACCGGCAGCGUGGCCGGCAGCGCCGCCGGCAGUGUACACGACUCGCUCCGCGUGGUGCGCAGCCCCGCCGUGUUCAGCGAGAGUUCCUCGCCACGGAGGCUGUCGCCCAUUCCCAACUACAAUAUCGGCAACAUGAAUCCGAGACACAUAGACAUUGAACACUAUUGGAACAGAGAGAAUGAUAAGCUCUCGCCGGCCAGGAGUCCCUCGGUGAUAAGCACCACCAACUCUGUGAGGAAAGAGGACUACAAUCAGAAUUACUGUGACAGGCUGAGCGCUUCCAAUAGUCCCAUGACGCCGGUGAAGGAAUACAACGGCAACGUGCCGCAGAGAGCGAUCGAUCCGAGAUGCCAAACGCCGUUACAAAUAGAAGUGGAUCCUAACGCCUGGGAGUUGUACGACGUGCCCAUUAAUAUCGACGACUACGUGGAAGUGAAGAACAUGGCUGGAUUUGAUAAAUAUUUUCCAGUGGGUAACAGCAGCGCGUCGACGGCCGGCGAGGGCGGCGCGCCGGCGGCCGAGCCCGACCCGGCGCUCGACUCCAUGCACAUGAUGCUCGACCCCCACCUGCGGCCCAUCUCGCCAGACCUCACCAAGGAGGAGUCCAAGCGGAUAUUCGAGAAACACAAGCAGCUCGCACAAGAGUACCUCAAGGUGCAGACUGAGUUAGCAUACCAAAGCAACCACAAGAAUGAGUUGGAGGAGAAAAUGGACGACGACGAGUUACGGCAGAAGAGAGAGAUUAUACAAUUAGAGAAUGAGAAGGAGUCAUUAAUAAAGCUGUACUGUAGUCUGAAGAAGCAGCUGGCGCGAGUGGAGAGCGACGACUGGCUGGAGGAGAUGCCGCACGAGUGACGUCACGGAGCCGCGCGCCGGGCCACGUGACUGAGUGACGUCACGGAGCCGCGCGCCGGGCACGUGACCGAGUGACGUCACGGAGCCGCGUGCCGGGCCACGUGACCGAGUGCCGCCGCACACUUCCUUCGUAUUAUUGAUCUCAAACACCAAACGAGCCUUCAUGUUGCAUCUCCCUCAGAUGGACGGAUCUUGCUUGAGUGCGUGUGUACCCAUAUUCACGCGCACUACGAUAUUUCUUUUAACGAAUUUACAUAAAUUGUUCUAAUGUUUACUAAUACGAUUAUACACCAAUUAUUGUGUUUUGUCCAGUUAUUGUUACGUGAGAAGCACGUUUUAGUGCUUUUUGUGUUGUAGUACACGAGUGUUAUGUAGAUUUUUCGUUUUUUUAAUCGCAUUACGUAAAUGCGGCGAUUGUCGCAUUGUAUAUGACUACACAAUGUAUAUUCACCACUAUACGGUUUGUAUGCAUUUGUUUUAUUGUAUAAAUGUAAGAUAUAUAGAUAUAUUAGAAUAAGUGUAUAAAUGUUAAGUUUAAUAAAUAACUCGA